AAAAUCGAGGCGAAGUGCCGCGACUGUUAUGUUAGACUGUGGUCAUGACUGUGUACACGUGGUACAACAUUUUAUGCAGAAUAACUGCGCGCUAUCGACUGAAUGGAGAAGUAAGCUCUCUGUGUGCUCAAACUCUUUGACAUGCUUCGUUUGUGAGAUGUAGAACUCACUGUGCAGUAGAGUAUAUUAUUUGACGAUAGUCUUUGCUUUGUGUACUACAAGCAUGUAUCCUUAAUCUGUGUGUGCAACACUGCAAUGGCAACAGAAACUCCAUAUGAUGACUCGAGUGAUGCCGAAUCAGCUCGAGAUUCUGGUUCGGAUUCCGAAAGUGAUGGAGGAUCGAACCGAAGCAGUAGCAGAAGUGGUAGCCCUGCUAGUCAACACGGAACAGCACCGACACCCGGUAGAAGUUCAGGUGCAGAAGAUAGAAGUGAUAGUGAAAGUGAGAAGGGCACUGAUGCUGCUUCACCGUCCAGGACUGGUACUGCAGGACAGUAUUCACCGCGAUCUGUGGCUUCGGGAGGUGAUGCUUCUCCCCGGUCUGAUGAAGGUUCCCAGAGUCCACAAUCGAAUGCCAGCAGUCGAAGAUCUGUAGGUUCUGUAAGCCAACACUCAACACAUUCGCAGCGUACACAGCGCUCAGCAGUUAGUAAUCAGUCUCCACGCCAGUCCCAUGCCAGUAAUCAGUCUCCACAUUCCAAUGCUAGUCAGCAUUCCCCCUAUGCAAGCGACCACAGCCGUUCACAAAGUCCACAGUCUGCUGUGUCUCAAAGUCCACGUUCUCAGAGAUCACAGAGUGCUCAUUCGCAACGAUCACAAAGCCCAGAGUCAAGAAGAUCAGUGAGUCCACAGUCCAGAAAGUCACGAAGUCCUCAGUCUCACCGUUCUCCAAGCCCACAGUCUCACCGUUCUCCAAGCCCACAGUCUCACCGUUCUCCAAGCCCACAGUCUCACCGUUCUCCAAGCCCACAGUCUCACCGAUCUCCAAGCCCACAGUCACAACGAUCUCAGAGCCCACAAUCUCAGCACUCACAAAGCCCUCAAUCUCAGCGAUCACAUAGUCCAGCUUCCCAGAGAUCUCACAGCCCCCAAUCGCAGGGAUCACUUGCUGCAAGACGCUCACGAAGUCCACGGUCGCAGAGAUCCCAUAGCCCACAGUCGCAAGGUUCUCGGACUCCUCAGUCACGUAGAUCACAAAGUGCUCAAUCUAAUCGUUCUGAAAGUCCACAGUCAAGACCACAAAGUGCACAGUCACAACAUACCCAAAGUUCAAGGAGUCGAAGUGGGUCACCUGCUGCAUCUCCUCGUUCAAAUGUAAGUGGCCAUUCACGAAAGUCACAAGCAGAAUCUGUUCAAAGUAACAGAUCCAGAUCCCGUCCAAAGAGUGUAGUGGAAAAUGGUGAGAAAAGUGACGAUGAGAAAAGCAAUUCAGCAUCCAACCAUUCAGUUGCUGUAGACCACAAUGACAAGGAAUCAGUGAGAAGCGGAGCUGUUGCCUCAGAUGAAGAAAAGUCUGUUAAAGACAAAAGUGAAGAUGAAGAUGCUGCAAGGGCAUCAAGAAAAGAUGACAGCAGUGAUGAUGAAAGGAAAUCACACAGUGAGAAUGAAAGUACUAUGGAAAAAGACAGGAAACGAAAGCGGGCAGUCAUUAGUGAUGAAAGUGGCUCUGAUGCAGAAAUAAAGAAAAAACCAAAAAAGAAAAUAGCAGCAGUAGCCUCUGGGAGUGAUGCAAGUGAUGCAGAAGGUGAAAGAAGAAAAGCAGCAAGUGAAGGAGAUGAUAGUGAUGCCGAACCAGGAGCCACUGCUGAAGCACUAUUUGGAGAUGCUGAUGAUAUUAGCACAGAUGAAGAAGCUGCUGCUGAGAAAGCAAAGAAGUCUGAUGAGGACGAAGAGGAGCAGGAAGAAAGACGAAGUCGUGAUGCAGGAAGUGACCAGGAACGAAGAGUAGAUGAUGAUGAUGAAGCAGCUGCUGAAGAAGGAGGUUUACCUGUCAUAGAAGAUGAUGAAGGUGAAAAAGAAGAAGAACCACCACCAGAAACAAGAAUAGAUGUUGAAAUACCAAAAAUUUCAUGUGACUUGGGCCGAGAAAUUCAUUUUGUGAAACUACCAAACUUCUUGUCUGUAGAGACAAGGCCAUUUGACAGGGAAACAUAUGAAGAUGAAAUUGAUGAAGAAGAGACUUUGGAUGAAGAAGGGCGAGCAAGAUUAAAACUUAAGGUGGAGAACACCAUUCGCUGGAGGCAAACUUUCGAUAAAGAAGGUAAUCUUACUAAGGAAAGUAAUGCAAGAUUCAUUCGAUGGUCUGAUGGCAGUAUGUCACUACAUCUGGGAUCUGAGAUAUUUGAUGUAUACAAGCAACCAUUGCAGGGUGAUCACAAUCAUCUCUUUAUCCGCCAAGGGACAGGUCUUCAGGGCCAGGCGGUAUUUAGAACAAAACUGACAUUUAGACCUCACUCAACAGAGUCAUUCACUCAUCGUAAGAUGACAUUGUCUCUAGCUGAUCGCUCACAGAAGACAUCAGGAAUUAAAGUGUUGUCUCAAGUAGGCUGGGAUCCAGAGCAGAACAAAGGACAGCUCAUAAAGAAAGAAGAGGAACGUCUUCGCGCUUCAAUGCGUAGAGAGAGUAAGCAGAAGAGGAUACGAGAAAGAGGAGCCACUCGAGGUCUAAGCACAAGUUACCUGGAGCCAGAUAAUCGUGAAGAAGAAGGCUCUGAAGAUGAAGGAGCCAUUUCUCUUGCUGCCAUUAAAAGCAAGUACAAGAAAGGUGGUGCAUCAGCAAAAGAUAAACCACCAAUAUAUUCAUCUGAUGAAGAAGGAUCAGAUUUUGAAGCCAGGCGUGCAAAGAAGUUGGAUAAGGCUAAAGCACUUAAAGAUUCAGAUGAGGAAUCAGAGCAGUCAGCAUCAGGAUCUGAACAAGCCUCUGGAUCUAGUUCUGGAUCUGGAGGUGAAGAACAGCAAAACAAUAAGGAUGAAGACCAGUCUGGUGGAAGUGCCGCUGAUGAUGAUUAACUCUGUAACAGUGAAGCAAGUGCAAACUCUUGUUUUUAUAUACUUUUAAGUGAGGGUGAACUUGAGAUGGGCAGGAGAUUAGUGCCAAAGGACCAUGUGAAAUACAUUGACUUUAAAAGACACAAAAUGAGAAUUAUUGAUUGGUACCUUUGUGUGAGGUAUAUGCUAAUAACUGUUUUGACCUUAGUGCUUGUGUUGUUUCACACUGUAUUACUGUGAUCAGUGUUUAAGUUAUAUUUGAUAAACUUUUGACUGUGGUAUUUUAAUUUCUAAGUUACCUGACAAUCUUGCUGAAAGUCCACAAAUGACAUUAUGGUAAAAUCUGAAUUGCUACGAAUGUGAUAAUUAUUGUUCUUAUUUACUUGCUAAAUUUGUAUAAGCAUGUCACGAAGCAAAUUAAUGUGCCCCGUUGACGAUUUGCAUUGGUUUCUAAAUGUCAUACCAUACUUGAUUGUUUUCAUUCGGAAUAUUUUAUCCCACAGUAGAGCUUGUGAAAAGAUGGUAAUUGUACCAAUUGUUGUGCAGUGAUGGAUAAAUAUUUCAAAAUUAACAGAAUGUUGGCAGCAUACUCCUAGUUUGUCAUACUACUGAAUAUUCUUCAUUCGGUCAAUUUUACUUCAUACAAGCGACUGUGGGUUCUACAGAGCACCAUCUGUUCACAAUGACACAUUCUUGUAGAUCUAAACAUGUAGGGAAUGUCAGAUAGAAUGUAAAUAAUAGCGGAUUAAAGGACACCACCCACUGAAUAGGAAGGGUUGUCUUGUUGACAGGAUCACACAAGAGAGAAAGGAAUGUUGCUAGCUUUUGGAACAAAUCCUUUAUUAAACUAGAGCAGGAUCAUCCAAACUGUGCCCCUGGGGUGCUAGUGCCUGCAAUCGCCCAAGGCCAGCGCCCCGGGCGAAUUCGUAUGUUGUUGCAGUGGCUGAGUCAUGUCGCUUAGCUGACAGUGCGGUGUGCCCGCUGUGCCUCGCCAUGCCGCUGUAAGCGCGCUUCGUAUGGAAGACAGACUGCCUCGCCAGCAGAGGUCGAAAGCAUCGAUACAACACAAAGCUGUCAGUCAACAGUCGUAAGGCUACAGUGGAUUGAGAUGGAUGGUCAACAGCAGCAGACAAAAAAGAGUGGCACGUUUGUACUAUUUAAACCCGAGUGAGAAAUUAAUUUCUCUUGUACUGCUGUCCAAAAUCAUGCCAAACGUUUAAUAUGUCAUCAAAACCUCAUGUAUUUAAAAAAAAGUACUCUAUUAAACGGGAAUUUAAUACCUGUCACAAA